UCAAUGGAUGCUCAUCAAGCAGCAUUUGGGAGAACUGUCUGUGGUCAGCUAGCUAUAGGAAUAAGGUGACCUGAGUUUCACAGGGCAAGAAGUCUCUGAGCAGCUCCAUCUGAGUGUUUCUCUACUUCCAGAGGCAGGCGAAUGAAUGAAGAGUGAAUUCACACUUUAAAGAGCAGCGAAGACCAUCUUGCCAUGAAACCAUUCACAGAUGAAGAUGUAGAAAACUACAUCCAGAGCAAGGUGGAACAGCGACAUCACCUGGUUUCCAAAGCAGUGGAGGAGGUGCAGAAAAUCAUCCAGCAGCUGACCACAGAAAUCAGCUAUAAGGCCACGCGAUUCCAGGCUAUCUCCAACUCUGGCAUUCAUAAUGAGAACAUUAAGGAUCAGCCAGCUUUACUGGCCAAGUGGUCAGCUAUGCUUCGGAGGAAGCGCCCAUUCCACCCGUCCAUCCAGGUCUUAGCACCCAGCCAGUUCCUCAUCACAGUCCCUCUGCGUGGCCUGACUGGGUACAGGGAAUGCCAGGUACGGCACUGGCGUUAUUACACCGUAAAUGGAGCCAAGCUCCUCUCCUCCGUGCGGGACCCUGAGGAAUUGCAUCAAUGGCUAGAGGUGGAGCAGUUCUCAAAAAGCCUACAGCAGUGGCAUGAAGAGGAUGUGAACAUCGAAGGUGAUCUGGUUCCAGCCAAAGUCCUUAUCGUCUUCCGGGAGCUGGUGGAGAAGUCGAUUAUCUCCUGUAACCUCUCCAGUAAAGUGACGGUGCUGGAGAGCUUCAGCUCAGUGGUCCGGGUGGCCGUGGAGACAUCAGAAUCCCAGGUCGAGGUGGAGCUGGUCCCUGCUGUGGAGAUUCCAACUUGCUGGCCCGAGAAGGCCCGGUGGCCUCGUUGCCUCAAGCGUUGGCCUUCUCAGGAAAAAGUGCGGUGCGUCAAGUCACUGGGUUUCGACCUUUUGGCCCGCUCCAAUUAUCACUGGCAGCUGUGCUUCUCCCGUGCCGAGCGCAUCCUCAUGGAAGGACUUGAUGAAGAUGGUGGUUGUCGCAUGAAGUGCUUCAGGGUCAUGAGGCAGAUGAAGGAAGAUGUCUGGUGUGCUGGAAAUAAGCCUGUCAUCACGGCUUAUCACCUUCAGACAGUGCUAUUCUGGACGUGUGAAAAAUACCCACGCACCAAGGAUUGGCGCUGCUUCCCUGAAGCCUUUCUGAGGCUGGUACAGAAGCUGCACAAGUGUGUAAGCCAGCACUUCCUCAAGCAUUACUUUCUCAAGAACACCAAUCUACUCAAAUAUGCCAACACCAGUGACCUGGACCUGGUGGCCAGCAAGCUUGCAGUCUUCUUGGAGAACCCAGUCUUCUGCCUGGACUGAGGCAAGCAAAGGUCUCCUCACCCCAACCCUGAGCCAAUCCCCCACCUCCUCUCCCCACCUGCAGUUGUUCUUCGUGUCCUUGCAGUAGAUGUUGCAGCUGGCUUUGUAAGACACUUGGCACAUGCAGCGUGAAAGAGAAGUGUCAAGCUGGCAGCAGUGGGCGGUGAAAACUGAUGGAAGGUAUCACUUGAUGCCCAGCUGAUCUAAUUUGCUUUCAACUGUGACAGCCUGCCUGGAAGCUACAGCCAGUGAAACCCAACUUCGUGUCAGUCAGAACAGGCAACUGCCUUGUUCUCUGACUCUAAUCUUGUGGCACUUUAGCAGAAAAGCAGUGCAAAGGAGUCUCGCUCUGCUGCCUAUCGUCUCUGUAACUUAGCACGUGUAUUGUUGCUGCAAUCGCCUUCCUCACAAGGACAGCGGGUUUAAUUGCCUGUUUGCCUCACAGGCCAGCUCUGCAGAAGAACAGAGGAACAUUUAUGAGGUGUUCCAAUGCUGGGAGCUUUCUCAGAGGCACUUUGAAGUCUCCAUCUCCAGUUCAGUGGGACUUUGCUCCAGUAAGAAGACAACCAUGCUGCUAGUGUUGAAUAGCUCAACAAAAGCAAGAGGAGGAACAGUGGUUUUUGCCUCUUCGUUUUUCUCUCCUGCACUUACAUUUUUCCUCCAAUUGCUUCAAAUAUGUUUUCUUCUUGUUUGCCUUUGCUAGUCGUGUUAGUGCCAUACAACCAGGGGGCUUUGCCAGAGUAGAUUUCACUCCCAUCCCUGGCUCCAUCCAGCAGGCUGGAGGAGGAACAGGUCUUUCCCUAGUUGUUAGCACCCACGUGUUUUUUGUGUACCGUACAGAAGGAGAAUAUUUUUCAAAGGCUGUUAGCUCCAGCACCCCCCCCCAUCCCCACAACCAGUGCUUUUAA